AUGGUGAAACUCCUUCACACAUUAGCAGGUCAUGAGGAUGAUGUCAACUGCUGUGCCUUCUCCUCUUCCCUCUUGGCUACUUGCUCCUUGGACAAAACAAUUCGCCUGUACUCCCUGAGUGACUUUACUGAAGUGCCAUACUCUCCGUUGAAGUUUCACACCUAUGCUGUCCACUGCUGCUGUUUCUCGCCUUCAGGACAUAUUUUGGCUUCAUGUUCAACAGAUGGUACCACUGUCCUAUGGGAUACUCAAAACGGACAGAUUUUGGCAGUGAUGGAACAGCCCAGUGGUAGCCCUGUGAGAGUUUGCCGAUUUUCCCCAGACUCCACUUGUUUGGUAUCAGGGGCAUCUGAUGGAACUGUUGUUUUGUGGAAUGCGCAGUCAUACAAGUUACAUAGAUGUGCUAGUGUUAAGGAUGGCUCCUUAGUGGCCUGUGCGUUUUCUCCUCCUGGAAACCUCUUUGUCACAGGCUCCUCAUGUGGAGAUUUAACAGUGUGGGAUGAUAAAAUGAGGUGUCUGCACAGUGAAAAAGCACAUGAUCUUGGAAUUACCUGCUGUGACUUUUCUUCACAACCAGUUCCUGGUGGAGAACAAGGUCUUCAGUUCUUUCAGUUGGCAUCAUGUGGUCAAGAUUGCCAGAUCAAAAUUUGGAUUAUUUCUUUUAUCCAUAUCUUAGGUUUUGAAUUAAAAUAUAAAAGUACACUGACUGGACACUGUGCUCCUGUUCUGGCUUGUGCUUUUUCCCAUGAUGGGCAGAUGCUAGUUUCAGGAUCAGUGGAUAAGUCAGUUAUAGUGUAUGAUACUAACACUGAGAAUAUACUUCACACCCUGACUCAGCACACCAGGUAUGUCACAACUUGUGCCUUUGCACCCAAUAUCCUUUUACUUGCUACUGGUUCAAUGGACAAAACAGUGAACAUCUGGCAAUUUGAUACGGAAACACUUUGCCAAGCAAAGAUCCAAGAUCAACCAAAGCAGCUUACUGAAAAUUGGUCAGAGGAGGAUGUCUCAAACUGGCUUUGUGCCGAAGGUUUAGAAGACCUCGUUGAUAUUUUCAAAAUGAAUAACAUUGAUGGAAGAGAAUUAUUGAAUCUUACAAAAGAAAGUCUAGCUGAUGAUUUGAAAAUAGAAUCUCUAGGGCUGCGUAGUAAAGUUCUGAGGAAAAUUGAAGAACUGAGGACAAAGGUGAAAACCCUUUCUUCUGAAAUUCCUGAUGAAUUUAUAUGUCCAAUAACUAGGGAGCUUAUGAAAGAUCCUGUCAUCGCAUCAGAUGGCUACUCAUAUGAAAAGGAAGCAAUGGAAAAUUGGAUCAGCAAAAAGAAACGUACCAGUCCCAUGACAAAUCUUGUUCUUUCUUCAGUGAUACUUAUACCAAAUAGGACUCUGAAAAUGGCCAUUGAUCGAUGGCUAAGCGAGACACAUCAAAAAUAA